GGUCUUGUGUAGGGGGCGACCCGGCGACGUGCGUUGACAAGACAGUUAAGAUAAAGAAUUCAAGUCAGACGAAGAUAAACAAACCAACGUUUGUUUCACCAUUUCACUUAUUUCAGUCUGUUAUUUUAUUCGUUUUCCCCCUUUCAUUUAAAAGACAUGAGUGUUCCUCUACAAACUCCUUCAAAGAAUGUAGAGCAAUGGAAUUGGGCACAGAUGUACAAAAUCCCACCAGAUAUUCUGGAUGAUUUGUGCAGUCGAUUUAUUGUAAAUGUACCUGAAGAGGAGAGAAAGGACUUGGUUAGACUUUUCUUCCAGAUUGAGUUGGCACACUGGUUUUAUAUAGACUUCUAUUGCUCAGAAGAAAACUCUACUAGAAAACAAUGCAACAUAAAAGAAUUUUCUGCAAAUAUAUUCAAGCAUUUGUCUUUUCUCCAUAAGUACAUACCUAAUUUUGAAAGGCAUCUUGAACAAUUUCGUGAAUACAAGCAGGCUGUUCCAACUUUUGGUGCUAUACUUUUGAAUGAAGAAUUAACCCAUGUCUUGCUGGUUCAAGGAUUUUGGUCCAAGAGCUCAUGGGGAUUUCCAAAAGGUAAAGUUAAUGAAGGAGAGGAUCCAGCUCGCUGCGCAGUGCGUGAAGUUUUAGAAGAGACGGGAUUCGACAUAUCUCAUCUGAUAUCCGUCAAGGAAUUUUUAGAAACGACCGUCAACGACCAAUUAACCCGACUUUAUAUCAUACCCGGUGUGCCCCAUGAAACAAAAUUCAUACCCAGAACAAGGAAUGAAAUUAGGGCCUUGCAAUGGUUCCCCAUCGCCGAUCUCCCAAAUAGCAAAAAAGACGCUAUGACUAAAGUUCGACUAGGAAUCGGUUCUUCUUCCUUUUUCAUGGUCUUCCCGUUUGUCAGACUGAUCCGGAACUGGGUGUCCUGUCGAAUAACUUAUAAGCAACAACAAUCGGGAAAUGGUAACAACAGGAGGACAAAGCAGAGGCGUAAAUCUCUGGAGGAACAGUCCAUAACUGGAAUUCUUCAAAGGCUACCCAAGCCGAGUUCGGAAGAUGAUGCUAUUAAAGGUGCAUCAGCUGCGAAUGCUGAGAUGUUUUACCAACGACUUUCGAAGUCGGCUGCGCACCCAUCUUCUUCAGCUUCUACCCAGAUACCCCAAGGAGGGUUUAGUGUGAAGAAGGGAAAAACUCCUUCUCGUCGCCAACUGUUUACUGAUAAAACACAAAAACCCGGUACACCGCAAGGAGGAAUCUCCUCAACUGCAAGCACCGCCGUCAUUGGCGAUACGUACAAUUCAAUUAAACAAACUUGCUACGUCGCUCCAUCCUGGCUUAACUUUAAGCUCAAUAUGGCACCUAUUUUGGCUUGUUUUGACUAGGCUCAUGCUUAUGUCUCAGACAUAUGACCUCGUCAGCUUUUGUCAUUCUCAUUAAAUUUUCUUGCUAUUCAGUAACUUUUGAUUGAGGAGAAUAUACGACACGUGAGAUUUUUUUCGUACAAAUA